AUGAAUGAAGAAGGGACAUCUAAGAGUGGUAAAGGGAAAUCUAAGAGUGGUACCAAUAUUGUGGGUUGGCUCAUUCUCUGCCGCAAUGCAAAAGGGGAAAGCAAUGAAAAGAAAAAGGAGAAGCACCUGUUUGACGCAUUCAUUGAUCUCCGAAACGGCAUAGACAGCAAUCAAUCCUUUCAACAAGUAGUUGACGGCGUAUUUAAAAAGCUGGAUGACAUGAUUGCCUUGUUCAAUAUCGCUAAUGAGCAGACGGAAUCGGUUUUGUUUCUUCACAAAGCACACUACCUGCUUGAUGAGGGCACAAUGGACACAAUGCUCUUUUGUAUCGUUCUCCUUUGGAUUUGCAAGAAGCGGGGGAAUUGGCAAAUUGUUGCUGUAUUCACUGGGACAACUGCAAAAUCAACCAACUUCAUCAUUGAUGACGACAUUACAAACAGGACGGUUACCGAUACUC